AUGGUGCUGCUGGCGGCCAACGGCCUCAACGUCGCCAGCCACGUGGCGCUCGAGGGGCUGUUCAGGCAUGGCCCGCAAUUCGUGCUCGAGAGGAACCUCAAGGCGCUCAUCGGGCUCGGGCUGGACCUCAACAUGCGCCACCCGCUGACCGGCGCCCCACCCAUCCACUACCUCGGCGCUCAGUUCGCCCCUCUGCUGGCGCGCUACGGCGCCAAUGUCGACGCCCAGCACCAGACGCAACUGAGCGCUUCGGCAUGCAUGAAUUGCCGGUCCUCCGCCACCGCCUUGCCAGUUUACACAGAGAGCGCACCACACCGGUAUCAUGGAGAACUGGGUCCCCGGAGCGCCCGGCUCAACAAUGCAGACAACAAACUGCUCUCAUCCUUCUGCCCAACCACCCAAGCCGCGAGGACGCGGAAGGCCCCGUCGCCCCAGUCGAGGCACCGAACCGACGCGGCGCCAAGUGGCGAUCGUGCCACAGCCGACGCCAGCCGUAACCGCACCAAUGCCCAGCCAGCCCCACCCUUCGGCCGACUGGACGAGGAAAGAGAAACCACCGGUGGCGCGCUCGGUGGGCCACCCACGGGCGACGGCGCCAUAUCGGGCGUCUGUCUCGCGGAGGCCCUCAAUGGGUUGGUCAAGCGGGUGCGCCAGCUCGAGCACGACAACGCCCGCCUGAAGAAACGCCAGCGCAAGCACCGCGAGGCCCUGCGCGAGCUCCGAUCACUGGUCGCCCAACACCAACACGCACCACCGCACUCGGACCAGCCAAGGUUGGAACAGAAGGCAGAUCGCUGUCGACCCGCCGCCGCCGCCGCCGCCGCCGCCAUCCCACAUCAACCGUAUUGUCCGCAGGCGUCGUCGCCGGUCGUCAUCAGCGAUCGUGUGGUGCUCCAACAGUUCCCGUUCCUUCGGGACUACGACAUGCGCGGCAGACCCUUCGUCGGUGCCGAUCCUGGGAAGCCUACACUUGUGAGCUAUUUCGCCGGACCGCUGCAAGCUCGGCACAUGUUUGUCAACCCGCAGCUGUGCCGACUGGUGGGCCACUCGCAGGAGGAUUUGCUGUUCUCCAAACCGCGCACAUUCAUGAUUCUCGUGCCCGACAAGACCUGGCAGCUCCACCGCCUUCUCUUCGGCACCGGGUAG